AUCAAGUUAAAUUGAAAACGAUCACUAGUGAUCAUCAGAAUCUUGUGAAUGAAUUCUUUGAGACCAUGGCUAAUACUUCAGCUAAUGAUCCCAAUUCAGAUGAUAAUUCUAGCGACACAUCAGAUAUGAAUGAAUCGAUUAAAAAGGUCUCUGAAAA